AAGGCAGUGAGCGACAGAGCCAAGCAGCCCUCUACACUCCGUAUGUAAACAAUAUAUGGAAGUUAUCAAGUAAUCUUAAACCAGUAAGCAGCAACAAUCACCCAGGGUGCAAAGGAGGCCCCUGGCCUGAAGCGCCCCCCCACCCCGUAACCCUUCCUUUUCCCUGCCUACAGAAGGGCCGACUGCCCGGUUUCCUAGCGGGCGAGCGGAGCAGAAUCGGAUACAGUCACACACCGAGGAAGGAGAGGCUGAAGGCAGCAGCCAGUACAGAAGAGGAUGGAUUUCCAGCAGCUGGCUGACGUUGCGGAUAAAUGGUGCUCCAACACCCCCUUCGAGCUUAUUGCCACGGAGGAGACCGAGAGGAGGAUGGAUUUCUACGCAGACCCGGGCAUUUCUUUUUAUGUCUUGUGCCCGGAGAACGGAUGCGAAGACAAUUUUCAUGUUUGGAGUGAAAGUGAGGACUGCUUACCUUUUCUGCAGCUGGCUCAGGACUACAUUUCUUCUUGUGGUAAAAAGACACUACAUGAAAUUCUGGAAAAAGUCUUCAAAUCAUUUAGACCUCUAUUGGGGCUUCCAGAUGUAGAUGAUGCAUUUGAAGAAUAUCAUGCAGAUGUGGAAGAAGAUGAGGCCGAAGCUGAUCCCCAGCAGAUGGGUGUCAGUCAGCAGUAAUGUUCAGAGGAAUUAAUAUAUAUAUAUAUUAUCUUACCAGGUUUCCCUUUCUAUCAGGCUAUUUGACAAUGAAUAGCGGUAUUGCUGCACUUCAAAGACCUCAGUUUUCAAAUUUGACUUAACGUUUGUUUUGUUCUGAUUGACUUUACAUUUUAUUUGUAAUACAUGUAUUGAUCCAAGUACAAAGACAUGGAAAAAGAAAAGCACCUCUAUCACAAGAAUGAAUGAACAACUCUCAACUAUUGUCCAGGCUGGUGGAGGAUUGCUGGAAUUGUCCUUCAACAAAUAAGUGCAUUAAAGUUACAAAGUGCAAUAAAACCUUUUGAAUAUUUAUGCACAAGAAGGUGCUCUUUAUAUAUCUGAAUUCUCUAUGUUUUAACAAGAUGGCUUACAAUACAGAGAUUAGUUACCUCACUGUAACUAGAUACAUCCUUGAUUAACUAGAAUCCAAAAUACAUUACAUUUCAAGUUCAUAACGUUAAGGAAGGGAGGCAGGUUUUCAUCAUUUUGUUGGCAUCUUUAUGUUUUAGGAAUUGUAGUUCUGCAACAUUUGGAGGGCUACAGAUUCCUUUUUUAAAAAAGAAUUCUUUUUAAGAGGAAUCCUUUAGUGUGAUGAUGAUGAUGUUGAUGAUGAUGAUUUAGAGAUUGCAAACCUGUCAAAUGUAUUGCAAAAGAAAGAAAGAUAUUGGUUAACCUGCUUAAAAUUAGUGGUCAUUCAAUGAAAUCUUAUUCAUGUUGCCUUCUCCUAAAUGCCUGGGCAUAAAAUAAAAACUGUAGCUCAGCAUCACUAUCUUGCAAUUAAAAAGUUAUCAUUUUUUUCAUGAUGAAGUCUUUUUUUUCUACUUCUACUGAAGAAUGUAUGCUAUGAAUAAUAUUUUGCCCACAGAAAACUAUCUACGCUUUCACUUUCUUUAAAGGAAAUGACUAAAGGGGAAAGGUUGAGGGUGAUAGCUUAAUAAGAAAAAAGCAACCCAUGACCAAGCCUAUUUCAUUGUAGUUUUAAGUGUCUGGACAAACCCGUUGUUUUGUUAACAGUAUAAGUUCGAGUAGCUAUAUUAUGUUUUCUCAACUUUUUGGGAUUUGUAAUUUGAUAACAAAUAACAAAUUCAUUCAAUAAAAUAAGAUGGAUGGGGAUAAUAGAUGGAUGAUAUGUGUUGCAUACUGUAAAGCUGCAUUUACUCUGUUAUCUUGACACAGAGCAAGAAAAUAGUUCCAUCAGAACUGAAGAGUUGCAAUGUCAUUAAUUAGGCAAUUCCAAGCUAAAUGAAGCCACAGGAAAAGACAGUAUACAUUAACGUAGACCUGUGCAAAUUUGAAAUUUGAAAUAGAAACAGAUGCUUCAGUUAGAAUAAAGGUUGUUUUGUUUUCCUACCCAAAGACUUGCAGCAAGUCUUUCAUGAGCAAAAACUAGCAACAUUUCUUGUCAACCUCUAGGGGCCAGUGCAGCCUAGAUUUUCACCGCACUUCCAAUUUUUGCUGUUCUAUUUUCUUAACAAUGUAACUUUUGCUUGUAUCUUUGAUAGAAAAUUAGCACUGUCAUUGUCAAUUGUAAACCACAUCACACCUCCAAUAGAUUCUGAAAAGGACUCCCUAGUAAAGGAAAAACAAUUGUUUACAAAGUCCUACCUUGUUAAGUGAGCAGAGACAUUUACAUAGACUAAUUGAAAAGAAGAUAUGAUUUAUCUUGUCUUUGUCCAAGUACUAAAUAUUAGAAUCUCUAACUCCUGAUCAAACUCCAUUUGAAUUGGAAGAAGCAGAAACUCAGUUUUGAAGGUUGGAGAGACCCAUGAUGUCUUUCAGUCGAGAGAAAAUGGGAUUAAAUGGUGAGGAUCUUAAUUAAUUUAAAUAAAGCAGGGAAAGAAAUAGCUUAGGGCAUGAAGCAGAACAAAAGGGUAGAAAUUAAGUGCUGGCUUGAGGGGUGCAAACCUGGAAAUUCUGUGCAGCCUCAAGUUGUACACCCCCACUACCCCAUUUCUUCAUGGGUGAAGAUUUAAGUUUAAAUUACACCUAACAAAAAGUCUAUAGUUCUUAAUUCAUUUAUUUUGUAAUCUUUUUAAUAUCUGAAACAAGACAUAAUGUGUUAGUGUAAUUUACACUAUAAACAAUGCUAUUUCUUUCCACUUGCAGAUGAAAAGAAAAUAUGUUCCUAUGCCCACCUGUGUUUAUCAAGCAGUCAUGGGGAUUAACUAGUUGUUGGUCAUUAAUUGGAAUGAGAACCAUUAAUAAUGUGGCAUUUAUUAUAAAAAGAAAACUUACAAAUAGAUUAUUUAAAGCCAUCAUAUUGUUUGCCAAAAGGCUUAAGGGGCCUUUAGCCUUUUAGCAAAUAAUCCUAGAUUUUAAGAAGAUAGAAUAAGCGAGGUCAUUCAUACAUUUGAGUGUCCAAUUCAUUAAAUGUUAUGGAAAAUAUAUAACAGCAAGAAUAACGUGCCAGAUAUGAGAUCCCCUAGUAGACAUAGGGAGCUCCAAUUUGAGGAUUAAGUGAACCAGAGGAAUUAGAGAUGGUCCAGGAAAAAUUUGUGACAUAAGUAUUGGUUUACCCUGAUGUACACCAGCAGUGGCAUUGAAAUUAGAUGGGGGCCAUCCAUUGAUUUGCAUAAGGGUAACAAAAACAAUUUCACAUCAUAGAGGACAAGCUCUCAUGGCAAGACAAUGCCUCCACGAAAAAUUCAACAGUACUGAAUAAGCAAAUUCAUGUUCAAACUAUUCUCACAAUUUUUACCUGAUCAACAACUGUUGAAUUACAUAAAUUACCAUACAUUAUUGAGACAUUAUUUAAAGAUGAUUAUUAUUAUAUAAUUAAAUAUUUUAGAGAGUAUAAAGAGCACUUACACAAGCUUCAGUUGGCUAAUUAAUACAGAUUUCUUAAAGAUGGAAAAGGAAUAUUUAUUUACAUCUCUCACAUCCCAUUUCCCUGAAACAAGCUUUCACAAAACAGUUUUGUUUUUGACAAUGCCAUCAGCCUGUUCAUUGGAAGGUAUAAAGGAUUACCAAUUAUACACCACUUAUGUAUUUGUGUUAAUUCACAGGUGAAAGAUCUGAUCCACUGCAAAUUAUAUCAGGAACCCAUAGUAGAUUUAUUAUACCUUUAUUAUGCCAUAGUAGAUUAAUUAUGCUUUUGUUAACCCAGCUUAAUCAGUCUGGCAUAGGAGAAAAAAUCUAUUUCAGGCUGACGUAUAUAAACAUGUACAUUAAAAAAAACAAAAACCACCAAGCUGUGUUGUCUGAAAUGGCCAUAAAAAAGACAAUGAAUGCCAAUUUUGACAGUACUAUUAAUUGUAGGGGUUAUACGAAUUAAACUGAUAAAGAUUGUUGUAAUUUUAUAUGAAUUUUGCUAAAAACUAUGGUUGCAAAUAAAUGUAUUAAAUGUAACUAGUUGUCAGUUGUAUUUUUGUAAGUUAAUAUUUUUAAACUUUCAUUUUUGUAGAAAAAGGAUAAAAUACAUUUGAAAAAAAUCUAAAAAGCUAAAUCUCUAGCUAUUCUUAAAUUGGGGCACCAAAAGUAGGGAUUGCAGUUUUGUCUCUUGCUAUCUAUUACAAUGGAACAGCUGUAAAAGUAUUUGUAAAAAUGGUAACACAAAGAAGAUCUAGGAAAAAUGCUUCAGUUUAUCUUAUCUUUAAUUUAAUUUGGACUUUGUAUUUGAGAGAGAUUCCUAAGUUUAUGCUAAAAUCAAAAGUGGAAGCAUUACAUUUUGAGGAAAUACUAAAGAAAUUCCUCUUAACAAUAGAUAAUUAUUUUUUGGCUUAACAAUGUUGUUUGCUAAGAAGCUAAAAAAAACAUUUUUUCUCCUGCACAUCUUGAAAAAGAUAUAAGAGAAAAAGCUUCAUGAUUAUUUCAAUAAUUUCAAUAAUCAGACUCACAAUCUUGGUGCCCUCCUUAUAUGCUGUUUCUAAGUUUAAAAAUGGGAUUUAUUUAAUGAACAACUAGAAAGAAAGCUUUAUUACCAUGUUUAUUGGAUUCAAUUGUGUAAAGUUCUUGUAAAACCAUGUGAAAAGACAGCUGCAAGAGCACAACUGUUCAGAGUUGUGUUUCUGACAAGAAGGUCAUAGUGAGAGGCCAGAACAAAACAAAAGACAGAAGACAAAUGAUGAGAGGAUGUGCCAAUGUUACACUGUACACUGCAACAACCAUCUUUCCCUGCUGUGACAUACAGGUUUUGCCAAUUACACCAUGUGUAGUUUGUUUCACAGCUGUGAAAAAUGAUCAUCAGAUUUGUUUUUCACUGAUCUGUAUUUGCCUCGCUAAUAUGUGUAUCACUGC